AUGGGCAACGAAAUUUUCGUUUAUGCUUCUGGGGGUUACUGGAAAAACGAAAUCAAAGAAGACAAAGGAGAGCUUGAAUUGUUUUUGUACAAUCAAUCAUAUGUUUGUACAACUUUGAGUGAUUUCAUUGUUCCGACAAAGAAACGAACAAGAAAUCGAUCAUUAGCGACUACUGAAGACACAUCAAAUGACUGGGAGUUAAUGAGACUCUACCAUUUUGAUGGUGGCGCUUACAAGGUGAAAGUACUUCAAAAGAAAAAGGUUUCUUUAGAUGGACGAUAUGGAAAACUCAAGAAAACCUAUCUUGGUGUCAAUAGA